CUGGAGCGCUGGGAGCUGGGAGUCCGACUGUCCGACUGCGGGCCCGCGGCUCCGCGCGUGGGCGGGGAAAGGCGCUCUCACGCAUCCAUCCAUCCAUCCAUCCAUCCUUCCACCCGCCCGUCUGCCCACGGGCCUCCUCCCCCAUCCACAGCCCCAGGGGUGGCCGCUGUCAGCCCGAGGCCAGGCGGGGCCGAGGCGGGGCGCUGCUGGGAAGUGAAUCCCAGUCUCCUCCCCAGUGGCUGCAGGGGAGCCGCCGACAUGACCGAUAACAUCCCUCUGCAGCCUGUCAGGCAGAAGAAACGAAUGGAUAGCAAGCACCGCGCCGGGUGUUGUGAUUGUCUAAGAUGCUGUGGCCGAGGAGAUCCGCGGCCUAGAACAGUCUGGCUUGGUCAUCCAGAAAAAAGGGACCAGAGGUAUCCUCGAAAUGUGAUCAAUAAUCAGAAGUACAGCCUGUUUACCUUUCUUCCAGGGGUGCUGUUUAAUCAGUUCAAAUACUUUUUCAAUCUUUACUUCUUACUUUUGGCCUGUUCUCAGUUUGUCUCUGAAAUGAGACUUGGAGCACUUUACACAUACUGGGUUCCCCUGGGGUUCGUGCUGGCCGUUACCAUCAUCCGAGAAGCAGUAGAAGAAAUCCGAUGUUACAUGCGGGACAAGGAAGUGAACUCCCAGAUCUAUAGCAAGCUCACAGCGAGAGGCACGAUGAAGGUGAAGAGUUCUGGCAUCCAAGUGGGAGACCUUAUCAUCGUUGAAAAGAACCAACGGGUCCCUGCUGACAUGAUCUUCCUGAGGACAUCAGAAAAAAAUGGGUCUUGCUUCUUGAGGACUGACCAGUUAGAUGGGGAGACAGACUGGAAGCUCCGCUUGCCUGUGGCUUGUACACAAAGAUUACCCACUGCUGCUGACCUUCUUCAAAUUCGAUCCUAUGUCUAUGCAGAAGAACCAAAUAUUGACAUCCAUAACUUUGUGGGGACUUUUACAAGGGAAGACAGUGACCCUUCCAUCAAUGAGAGCUUAAGUAUAGAGAAUACACUUUGGGCUGGCACAGUCAUAGCGUCAGGCACGGUCGUGGGUGUGGUCCUUUAUACUGGCCGGGAACUACGGAGUGUCAUGAAUACUUCCAACCCAAGAAGUAAGAUUGGACUUUUUGACCUAGAAGUGAACUGCCUCACGAAGAUACUGUUUGGAGCUUUGGUUGUGGUAUCUCUCGUCAUGGUGGCUUUGCAGCACUUUGCUGGCCGUUGGUACCUGCAGAUCAUAAGAUUCCUUCUCUUGUUUUCCAACAUCAUUCCUAUCAGUUUGCGUGUCAACUUAGACAUGGGGAAGAUUGUAUAUAGCUGGGUGAUUCGCAGAGAUUCCAAAAUUCCUGGCACCGUGGUUCGUUCCAGCACAAUUCCUGAGCAGCUCGGGCGGAUCUCCUAUUUACUUACAGACAAAACAGGGACUCUUACCCAGAAUGAGAUGGUCUUUAAACGACUUCACCUUGGAACAGUUGCUUAUGGAUUAGAUUCAAUGGAUGAAGUACAAAGCCACAUAUUUAGCAUAUAUACCCAGCAAUCUCAAGACCCACCCACUUUAAAGGGCCCUACACUCACCACCAAAGUCCGGAAAACCAUGAGUAGCCGUGUUCAUGAAGCUGUGAAAGCGAUUGCCCUCUGCCACAAUGUUACACCAGUCUAUGAGUCUAAUGGAGUGACGGAUCAGGCAGAAGCAGAGAAACAUUAUGAGGACUCGUGCCGGGUGUACCAGGCAUCUAGCCCAGAUGAGGUGGCCCUGGUCCAGUGGACUGAAAGUGUUGGUUUAACCCUGGUGGGCAGAGAUCAAUCUUCUAUGCAGCUGAGGACCCCUGGUGGCCAGAUUCUGAACUUCACCAUUCUUCAAAUCUUCCCAUUCACUUAUGAAAGUAAGCGCAUGGGCAUCAUAGUAAGGGAUGAGUCAACAGGAGAAAUCACAUUCUAUAUGAAGGGAGCAGAUGUUGUCAUGGCUGGUAUUGUGCAGUAUAAUGACUGGCUGGAAGAAGAGUGUGGUAACAUGGCCAGAGAAGGCUUGAGGGUUCUGGUGGUUGCGAAGAAGUCUCUGACGGAGGAGCAGUAUCAGGACUUUGAGGCACGCUACGUCCAAGCGAAGCUCAGUGUUCAUGACCGUUCCCUCAAAGUGGCGACUGUGAUUGAGAGCCUGGAAAUGGAGAUGGAGCUGCUUUGCUUGACUGGAGUGGAAGACCAGCUGCAGACAGAUGUGCGGCCUACCUUGGAGACAUUGAGGAAUGCGGGCAUCAAGGUUUGGAUGCUGACGGGGGACAAACUGGAGACAGCCACAUGUACAGCCAAGAAUGCACAUCUGGUAACCAGGAGCCAGGACAUCCAUAUUUUUAGAUUGGUGACUAAUAGGGGAGAAGCACAUUUGGAGCUGAAUGCGUUCCGCAGGAAACAUGAUUGUGCCCUGGUGAUCUCUGGUGACUCCCUGGAGGUGUGUCUGAAAUAUUAUGAGUACGAGUUCAUGGAACUGGCCUGCCAGUGUCCGGCGGUGGUCUGCUGCCGCUGUGCCCCCACCCAGAAAGCCCAGAUUGUGCGCCUGCUCCAGGAACGGACAGGAAAACUCACCUGUGCAGUAGGUGAUGGAGGCAAUGAUGUGAGCAUGAUUCAGGAAUCUGAUUGUGGUGUAGGGGUAGAAGGAAAGGAAGGAAAACAAGCAUCUCUUGCCGCAGAUUUCUCUGUCACUCAGUUUAAACAUCUGGGUCGGUUACUUAUGGUUCAUGGAAGGAACAGUUACAAACGCUCAGCCGCCCUCAGUCAAUUUGUUAUCCACAGAAGCCUCUGUAUCAGCACCAUGCAGGCUGUUUUCUCCUCGGUGUUUUACUUUGCUUCUGUACCCCUUUAUCAAGGAUUUCUCAUCAUUGGGUAUUCCACAAUUUACACUAUGUUUCCUGUGUUCUCUCUGGUCCUGGACAAAGAUGUCAAGUCUGAAGUUGCUAUGCUGUAUCCAGAACUCUACAAAGACCUCCUUAAGGGACGACCAUUGUCCUACAAGACCUUCUUAAUAUGGGUUUUGAUAAGUGUCUAUCAGGGUAGCAUCAUCAUGUAUGGAGCGUUACUGCUUUUUGAGUCUGAAUUUGUCCACAUCGUUGCAAUCUCCUUCACGUCCUUGAUUCUUACUGAGCUGCUGAUGGUGGCAUUGACAAUUCAGACGUGGCAUUGGCUCAUGAUAGUGGCGGAGUUGCUCAGCCUUUCCUGUUACAUCGCCUCCCUGGUCUUCUUACAUGAGUUCAUUGAUGUUUACUUCAUUGCCACUGUGUCAUUCUUGUGGAAGGUCACAGUCAUCACCUUGGUCAGCUGUCUUCCCCUGUAUGUCCUGAAAUACCUACGAAGGCGAUUCUCUCCUCCAAGUUACUCGAAGCUCACAUCGUAGCCUGCUCAUCUGUUGACGAGAACCCUUAUUUUGCACAUUACUGAUGGAAAAAGAUGAUGUACUCCUAUUAACGACUACUUAUGAUAGUUGUGUAUGGAUCAUGCAGUAAUUGCUUGUAUGUGCCGCUUCAGUGAGAAAAGACUUUACAAAUUCAGUUAACUGAACCCUUUUGCAGAGUAAUUGGGGUGGGGUGGGUACAUACAAGCAUCUCAUUGAGUCAGUUUUACCUCUGUUCAAUUAUGAUUGAAUUGAGUGGGUGUGAAAUAUGUAGAAAAUUGGUGUCUUGGCCAAGACAUCCGUGAAGGGCACCAUGAAAGCGGCUUAAUGACCAUGACUUGGGUCAUCAUGUGGCAAUAGUUGUUAAUGAUAUGAAGAUUUCGAGGAGGUGUUUUGUUUUGGCUUAAGACUGUCCUAAUGUUGCUUUAUUUUUAUUUAAAAUUGUCUUUCUAGUGAGGUACAGUGGCACUUGAUACAUUUUGGGGGAGAUCGUGAGUGUCAUAUAAAACUAUUUAAAAAGAAAUCUGCUUGCAAUCUCGUGGUGUCACUUUUCCCUUCCUACUCUUCAUUAGAAUAACCCAGGACUGAAUUUGCCAGGCCAGAACCCCAGAUCUGAUUAUACUCUACUAUGGUCCAGUGCUCAUGGCACUCCUUUCAACCUCACCAGCCACCUAAUCAAUGACUUUUUAAAGAUGUCGUUAUCCUUUGUGGUGGAUCUAAUAAUCAGAUGGUACAGUGACUCUGAAAAUUUUCCCUAAACUUCAGAGUUUUCUAGUGGGAAAUCUGCUGCUGAGCUGCCUCUAAAUGUGUCGACAGUGUGAGAAGAGACUCAACUAAUUCUUUAGACAAUAUGGCAGAUGUGGCUCAAAUCCUCUGAGACUGAAAAGGAAAGGUCAAAGAGCUGCCACUCUUCGCUUACACAUAAAAAAAUCUGUUUCCUAUUAAGAGGAAUUAUUGAAGAUGAACCGACAAUAAGCCAAGGCUUCCUACACUGUUACCAUUUACCAGUGACUUUUUAAAGCAAGAACACUUUAGUGGAGUGAAGGCCACAGACACAGCUUUGGGAACAGGAAUGUGCUUCAGUGAGACCAGUUUGUGAAGGCAAACUUAUUGAAAAGCAGCCAGUGCUAAAGAUUUCUCUCCACCGGGUCUGAGAGUUCUGGGGGGUGUUUCUUCUACAUCAGUAUUUCAUGUGAAACAUGACGUUUCAGAGUGAUAAAAGAAUUUUGGAAGAAUUCUGUCAUAGGGCAAAGAAAUUCUUGGGUUUUAAAAUCACUCCUUUAAAUAUAACUACUUUGUACAGUAGGGAAGAAAUGAAUGAGUCUUCAUUAGUAACAUGUACUUAACAUCUUGACUUCAUAUUCUCCUGAUGAUACCUUCCCAAGUGAAACCUCUGGUGGUAAAGUGAGAUGCAGAUUCUGAUCUAGUUGAAGAAACAAAGCUACCACUGCCUAGUUCCCAACCCCAUCACUAUCCCAGGGUGAUUCCCACUAACCAAGGUGGUUUCCCUGUUUUGCUUAGAGCAGUGGUGUUAGACUCAAAUAGAAAUGUUGACCACUACACCAUACAUAAAGAUCCCUGUAGGCUGUGUUUUGACUUAGAAAAAGAUAUAAAUAUUAUCUAUGUUUUAUUUAUUUUGUUAAAUAUUUUCUAAGUACAUUUUAAUUUGGUUCAGCAAUACUUGGAGUUGUCAGGGGCCGUGUGUGGCCUACCAGCUCCAUGUUUGACAUCUCUGGAUUUGUACUUUCAACAUUACCCUUCCAACACCAGAGCAAUCUCUAAAUUCUUCUUAAACAGUGAAAGUAAACUACUGAGAAAAAUAGAUUGUCUACUGAAGUUUUUUACUUCCUUAAAUUUCUAUAAUAUUGGUCUUUUGACUUGGAAAACCAGGCUGGUUCUCUGGUCCUUCACAUCUUCUCAAUCCAGCCAUUUGCAAAGCAGGAUAAAGGAUAUGAUGAAGAAGAAAAAGACUGAAUGGGUGUGUGAGACUACGGACAUUUAUUCAAACACUUGAAAAAAACACUGAGAAAAUAGCUUUGCACAGUUUCAAAGUAGGAAGAAAAGCCUGCAAUAAGAUGUCAUGAGGUCUUUGGGCUCAGUUGAUACAACUCAGUCUACCUGUAAGACCCAGAGACCUGUUUGAUCCUCUAUUUCUGAGACUGCAAAUACCAAACUUGAUCAUGUUUGAGGAGACUGGUGUUACAUGCAGGGGUGCUCUCAUGCAAAAGCUUUGUUAAAUAUUGAAGGCUCAUUAGAUGAAUGGAUAGAAGCCAUUGCUCUUUUUUUUUUAUUUUUGAGUAUAUCUCAUUCACCUCAAAAACUAGCUUGACUAUUUAGUAAUCUUUUUCUUUUCCAUAAAUAAGCAAGACAGACAGAAUCAUACUUAGGUGUAGGUCGAGUUAUGUCUUUUUGAGAACCUCAGCUGGUUGUUUGAAGAUGCCAUGUCAGGGAAUGCAGACAUGAUUACCAUGUAAAAGGUUUUCAGUUCUUUGGGGCCUUUUCUUUUAUGUCCCCCAUUUUCAUCAAGGGAUGUGAUAAUUCAGGUGUGGGGGGAAAAAAGGCUUAUAGCAGACACUGAAGCUGAUACUUGACAAGAAAGGGAAAGAGUGUUUAAUAGAUUUAGGAAUCCUGACCUAAGGAAGCAGGAGGAUUUGGUGAAAUGCCAUCCAUGCCAGCUCUCAUCAUGUUGUCUAGCUUGGCUUUUAUGGAGAUCAUCAGUAAUGAGUAUCCCGAGUAUCCACUUAGGAAAGGAACUAAUUGUCUCUUACUCUGGUGAGAAUUCAUGGCAGCCUUCUGUAUUCCAGUUUCAGACCCUAAAGACCAUUUAGUAAUUGCUGACUGUUCUCAGGAGUCAGGGGGCCACUUUACAUAUUGGGUACAAAUAGGGUGGGAGUCUGUUUUUUGGACUCAGUUCAAUUGCUGCUAUAGUGUCCAUAUUGAAAAAAAUUAAGUCUUACAUCAUAAAGGGAAAAGAAUCAACAUUUGCAGACUUCACAUGGGGAUUCUGGCCAAUUUGAGAAGCAUGCCAUUUUUAUUGUUCUCCUGAGCUGUGUUGUAGAAGAGCCCCCUGGGUCAAUAAAGCUUCCAAAUCAAGGUUCCAUUUCCUUCUUUCUGGUUCUGCUGACUUUUCUUUUUUGGCAUUUCCCUCCUAAAAUCACCAGCAUGGAAGGGACCUCAAGCUCCUCCUUGUCUCUGGGCACAGCUGUACUUAAAUCUUGGAGAGUGUCACUGAUUUCCAAGGGACACUCUGGCCAAUUAGCACAGCAGAGUAAAUGUGCUUAGCACUGGCAAAGCAAUCCUUUCCCUUGAAAUUAAUAAUAAUAAUAAUAAUACCACCACAGUAGUCUUGGUAGAUUGUUUUUGUUUAUAGGGGUGUUUGGGUUUUUUGUUUUGUUUUUUAGAAAUAGACCAAACCUAAAUCAGGGGCAUAAACUACUGUUUCUUUAUUACUUUUUUAUUCUUGAUAUUUUGGAUGCUUGUGUGUGUGUGUGUGUGUGUGUGUGUGUGUGUGUGUACACGCCCACACAUCUUCACCUCCUUAUACUUGAGAGUGGGCUGGAAAUGUUUAGCAUUAGGCUGGUCAGCAGCUUAACUCCAAAUUCUAGCCUGUCAUACAAAGGGGCUUCGUUGCAAAGAACCUGGGGGGCAUGGGAAGAUCUCCGUUUUCUAAGGAGAAAGCAUCACAGUUUUACAACAGCAGAGGGGAAGUUGGAAGAGUACUAUCUUUUUUCCCCACUCUGUUUCACCUUUUAUGUAUUGUUUUCUAGGCUGUUUUUUUAAGUUAGUUUCUUUCAAGUUUCUAUCUCUUUUUUGUAACAGUCCCAUUGAAUACUGAUAUAUGUUUACUAAACAUUUCCAUGCUACUGUUCCCUAUUGGAAACUUAGGUAACAGAAAGUACUUUUUAAUGAAUUUUGAAUUUUGCGCUCAAUGGAAAAUGGAAUCCUAAUGCCUGUUUCUUCAGACAGGAUUUUGUUUUUAUACUUACGUUACUAUUUUUAAAUAUUUAGAAUUGGAGUGUAGUGGUCACUUAGGCUCACAUUUUUGUGAGGAGUAGCUUUAAGCCUUUACCCCAAAAUAUAUGAUUCAUGUUCUUCAUUUUAAGUUGAAAGCAAAGAGCUGUUUUCUAAGGUCUUCUCCUUCCUAAUAUGGUUUCCUUCAUUUUCCAUCUAUAGAUGUUGGUUUUCUUUUGUGGAGGGAGGAGAGAAGGAAGGUAUUAUCAUCUCUGAUUUCAUUGCUAGGUGUUUCAUUUCUAGUGUAUCAAAAUUUCAUUCCCUCUAUGAUUCCAUGUCACCAUUUAAAAAGACACAAGCAAUUUUUCAUGAAUAUAGAUGAUUUUAUUUCCUCCCCCUUACCUUCUGCUUUUCUUUAACUUUACCUUUCCUGUGUAGCCUUUUUAGGAAGUAUUUUCUCUAAUUUUAAACUUUUUUUGUGAGGAUUGAUUAUGUUUUGAAAGGAGAUAAUCGUAAUGUGACAUAGCACUGGAUUUGUAGUCAGGACCUGUGUUCAGAUCCCGGCUAUGAUGUUUUUACAAACUGUGUGACCUUGGCCAAGUCACUCCCCCCCCGUGAGCCUCAGUUUCCUUCUUUGUAAAAUGAGGAGACAGAUGAUCUACGGCCCUUUUUAACUAAACCCCAUGAGUUUGUGAAAAUGAACAUGUCUAAUUGCACAGUGACACCACUGCUAUGAACGUUACCUUUUCAUGCCAAAGUAACUUUGCUUUUGCACGUGUGUCCUUGAUGACGUUAGCCGGUGUGACGAACAACCCACGAAUAUCUUCAUGCCAGUGUCUACGAUAUAAUCAGGCUUCCUUGUGAAGGUUGGAUGGUGGCAGCAGGGAUGAGAGUUGCCAAAAUAGUGUCUAGUUUGUCAGUUUGUAGUGGGGGGAAGGGGGACUCGAUUUAAAUCUCAUCCAGAAUUCCAAGAUCUCCUUAUUGAUGUCUCUCUUCAUAUAUUACAUAUACAUAUAUAUAUAAAAAUGUAUAUAAAAACCUCAUUGCAAAGUAUUUGUGAGCACAUGGUUUUUUGAUUAGAAGGGAAUCCUGGUUGCAAUAUGGUUUAAUUUAACAAGAAAUCCCGGAUGAUUUGAAUUUUAAAACUUAUGAUGACACACUUGUGAUCUUGAGCGUUCAAAUAUAGUUAUUCUUUUAUUGUUUGCCAAUCUGGUUCAUUCCUGUUGCCUAGUAAAAGUUGUGUACGCUAUGCCUUUAAAGAUCAUUUUAAUUUUUAUGGAAAUAUGAUUCCUGCUGUGGAGAUAACUAUUUAUUGUGAUGCCGAUGUUUUGUGCCCAUCACCUAAUACAUGUGAUGUAAAUAACUAUUCAAGUUCUAAAAGGUCUUGACUUCAGUGAAAAAUGAAUGCAAGCUGUUUAUUGUUUAUUACUCUUGUAUGGUCCAGAUGAGAUUGACGUAAAUGGAAAAAAAGGUGAAAAAAUAAAUGCAACUUCAUGUUUUCUUUACGUA